AAUACUACUGUGCAAUAUCAAUAUUUUUUUUAACACAUGGAAGGAUAUGUGAUUAAUCAGUAUUUCUCUGAACAUAGUUCAGAAGAAAUCAGCACAAUAUCAAUAUUAUUGUGUCCAACACGUCCGCUGUCUGCUGUGUGAUGUUCCUGAAUGUUUAAAUGCAGUCAGGUCCACAGAACAUGUGUCCAUGAAUGAGUGUAAAGAAAAACCAGACUGAAUACAUGCUCAUGUGGAGAUCAGGAUGGAUCUGGAUCCUACGUGAGAAAAACUGGUCAGAUGUGUCCACGCGCUCCGUGAAAAGCAGCUGCUCGGAAAGGUGUGUCACCGCCGUGACGUCACGGCCGUACCUGAGUUUCGGUGAGGGAAAAAAGGGGGAAGGACCGAGCGAGUGAAAAACAUCAGCUCGUCUCUGCUCCGAGGAGGAGAGAGAGAAAAAGACAACAACUUUUCCUCUUUUUGUUAUUGUCGGUCAGCGUCGUCGUCGAAGCGGAUCUGCGGUCAGUUUGGAGACGGAACAGUUGGUUUUGUGUCCAGCUGCUUCUUCGGGCCUCUCCAGCACCUCCACAACUUCCUGCUUUGCCACAGGAUGUCCGUCACCCCGCGACGCGUCCGCCUGAAGCCCUGGCUGGUCGCUCAGGUGGACAGCGGACGAUACCCGGGUCUGGUGUGGAUUGACCGGGACGCCAUGCGCUUCAGGAUCCCAUGGAAACACGCCACACGACACACACCGCAGCACGAGGAUGAGGACACCAUAUUCAAGGCGUGGGCCGUGGAGACCGGGAAGUUCCAGGAGGGAGUUGAUGAACCCGAUCCCGCCAAGUGGAAAGCUCAGCUUCGAUGCGCCCUGAACAAAAGCCGGGAAUUCAACCUCGUGUACGAUGGCACCAAAGAGGUCCCCAUGAACCCUCUGAAGAUCUACGACGUGUGCGACAUCCCACAGCCGCUCAGCAACCAAGGCUCCUCAGACGCUGGCUCCUGGACUCCACACGAUGAAGAUGGCGGUGAGGAAGAUCUUCCAGAUACACCAGGCUCUCCCCCUCCGUAUCCGUCCAAUGGCACCAGCCCCUCUCCUCUCAUCAUGUGGUCUCCGAUGGGCUCGGAGUCGUCCAUGCAGCCCCCUAGUUGCCCUCCUUCCAAUGAAGUCUGGCCCAAAGAGGAGCCGGUGGAUGUGGAGAUGCACCCGACGCCUCUGGAUGACCUGCGUCCUGCUCCUCUGCCGGAUCCCUCCAUGCAGCCCCCUCUGCUGACCGAAGCCUUGUUUGCUUCUCCAGAAAUGUGGAUCAGUUCCCUCCCCAUGACGGACCUGGAGGUGCAGUUCCUCUACAGAGGGAGGGAGAUGUGUCCCACAGUGACCGUCAGCAACCCGCAGGGCUGCAGGCUGUUCUACGGAGACCUGGGGCCCAUGGUCAACCAGGAGGAGCUGUUCGGGCCGAUCAACCUGGAGCAGCUACGCUUCCCCAGCACAGAGCACAUUACCAAUGACAAGCAGAAGGUCUUCACUAACCGCCUGCUGGAUGUGAUGGACAGAGGCCUGAUCCUGGAGGUCAGCGGCCACGACAUCUACGCAGUCCGCCUCUGCCAGUGCAAAGUGUACUGGUCCGGCCCCUGUGCUCCCAACCCCGGCGCACCCAACCUCAUAGAGCGGCAGAGGAAGGUCAAGCUGUUUUGUCUGGAGUCUUUUCUCAGCGGUGUGAUCGCCCACCAGCGCAGCCAGAAUCCGAGCCCUCCCGACUUUGAAAUCAGCCUGUGUUUUGGAGAGGAGUGGCCCGAUGGUAAACCGAAGGAGAGGAAACUUAUCAUGGUCCAGGUGAUCCCCGUGGUGGCCCGAAUGAUAAGCGAGAUGUUCUCCGGAGACAACACACGAUCGUUCGACAGCGGCAGCGUCCGGCUGCAGAUUUCAAUCCCGGACAUCAAAGACAACAUAGUGACCCACCUGAAGCAGCUGUACUGCCUGCUGCAGGGCCACCAGGGCCAGGAGGGCUGGGCGCUGCCCCCCGGCUCGGGCCUCAACAUCGCCCAGGCUCUGCAGAACCAGUGAAGCAGGCCACACUGUGAACUAAUAUACAGGAGGUGUAUAUUUCCCUGCUGACACUGAGAGUUAAUCAUAUUUAGGAGUGUGCUCAAUAUUCUGUAGGAUUCAUAUGCUUGUACGCUUCUGUCUAGUCUAAAUGUGCUGUGAUGAUGCUGUUCUAUAUAUAAGAGCUGUAGACGGAUGUGAUGGCUGCGUGGGCCAAAGUCCUGCCGGCGACUGUAGUUAAUGAGUUACAGAUAUUGCCCUGUGCCUGUUAUUUAUCCAAAAUGGUUCAACAAACUUUCCUCGAGUUUGUCAUUCAUCAAGCAGAGCAGAAUGCUUUUUAUCUUUUGACCUUAAAUCUAGAGUGAGAUCUGUAUGUUUAGGCAAAAAAUAUCAGCAAAUGUGAAUCAAAGUAUGGCUGGAUAUGGAUUCCUCUACAGUUCAUGCACCACCGUGCUGUCCAGCUGUUUGAGAUCUCACCGUCCCGAGCACAUGCAGGUGGUUUUUUUAAUAGAAUCAGCCAUUUUAUUUUUCCAUUUACACUGUAGGAUAUUUUUAUAUUCACCUCUUUCAUCUUUUCGAGCUGUUUGUUGUAUCCAGGCGGCCGUUUAACUGAACACCAUUCAGCUACGUGGGUCUCUUUGGAAAUAGAUGCCACUGCACUUUGGGCGCUGAAUGAGGUUUUAUGGCGUGUUGAAUGUCCGUGUAUGUACCCUGUGAUUGCAUGUUUAUUUUAUCAAUAAAAAUGGUGAAACAACUCUA